AUUUCGAGGUGAGCACGUUUACUUGUUUUUGGGAGCGGAGUUGCACACCUGGCCGCGCGAGCUUGUGCGUGACCGUCAGCGUGCGCGUGGGCUCCUUGUCCCGCCGAAACGUGCCAACUGAGACGUGCUUUUUGCAGCACAAAAAUUGGGAUUAAAACACACGCACAGAGACCCAGAGAGGGGAGUAAAAAAACAAACAAAAAAAACAACAACAAAAAAAAAACAAAAAAAAAACGCGGAGUUCUGCGGACUUGGCUGUGUUUCAAGCAGCACCGAACCGGACCCCAUGUUUCUUUUCCUCGGAUUAUUUAAACCUGCAGCUUUGACUCUUUCCGCUCCGACUGUGUUCCGGCUUCUUGUCUCCGCUGUGGAUUGUUAAUAAAAACCUAGAGAAGUCGGUGCCAGCCGAACCCGAGCAGUGCGGAUCCAUACGAUCCCCCCCUCUUUUCAUCCCCCUUUCCCCCGCUGCUCUUCUUCACCAUCUCCAUAAUUUGUGCUAGAAAAUGAUUUCUAUUUAAUUUCUGCUGAGUGGAGACACGGGAGUUGCAGAACGAAAAAAAGAAAUAUUCCUGUUCGUCUUCAUUGUGAUUCUGGUCUGGAUCUGUGUGGAGAAGGCGUGCGGGGAGUCCUGCGUUGAAGCCGCUGCGCGCGUCAAUUUCCCCACUCGUGUCCUGAAAUUGAUCAUUUUCUGGGGGUGAAUUGAUCGGCUCUCCUUGCAGAGCGCGUGGAGCAGCUCACUGAGUUUCUUACAUGAAAUUAGUGAAACAACUUUAUCCCCCAUUUGUGGGAAGAAAUCGGACGUCUGCCGGACUCCGGCAACGUUGAAACUGGACUCUAAUGCAUUUCUAGCGAUUUAUUUAUUUGUUUUAUUUCUAUUUCAUCCUGGAAAGACCUCGACAGCGCAUUGUCACGCGCCCAGAUACACAUCUGUCCAUUGCGCAUCAUCCAAGUUGGAGAACCCCGCACCGGCUCGCGCCCGCAGGCGACGCUUUGUUUCUCCACUACAGGAUCCGAAACUACUGGGACGACUGGGAUUUUUAAGGUCCAUCCGUUGGGAUUUCUUCUACCAUGUCAGGUGUACGGGAUUUCAGAUGGACUCCCAUCAUCUGCGCCGCGGUGCUUUCAUGUGCUCUUGCAGGUAAAAUCUCCCCAACCAGCUCGGAUGUCCUGUUCAGCGCCUCAGCGAUGACAGCCAGCGCUCCACCACCCAGUGUGUAUCUGCCUGCCAGCUUCAAAAUGUCCAAUGCACAACUGGCUUUCUUCUUGCGGGAGGCCCAGAUCACAGGACAAACGGUUGGCGGCGGCAGUAGGAGCAGCAGCAGCAGCUCCGGACAUCCGCUGCAGCGCUCUGAGAGUUUUGUGGUUUUUCAGACAAAAGACCUCCCCGCCAUCAACAUAAGCUUUGGGCCUUUUGCCCAGGACCAGGCUCUAUCCAAGGAGCUGCUGCAGCCAGCCAGCCCUCUGGACAUCCCGGGGCAGCUGACAGUCGGCUGGAAGGUGCGGGCCUUCAUUGUCCAGGCGAGGGUCUUCUCCAACAACCCCAUCGUCCAGGUGUUCUUCUACAUUGCGGGCCGUGACUGGGACGACUUCAAGGCUCAGGACAACCUGCCGUGCAUCCGACUGCACGGCUUCAGGGACGUCCGGGAAAUCAAGACGUCCUGCCGCAUGAGGGGCAACCUGGCCAAAUGCUUGGCGCAGCUGGAGCUGCCUCCGUCCUGGUUCAACGCCAACGUGGCACCGCUGGGCCGCAGGAAAAGCUCCAGCGACGGGAUCCUGGAUGGAUUAACCAGUGAGACUCUGCAGGCUGAGCUGUACUACACGCUGCACGAGCCCAAUCUGGACGGGGAAUGCAGCGAGGGUCACAGAGGGGGCGGAGGGGCCAGGGGAGAACCUCUGUCACAGCACCCUCUGCUGCGCAUCGGGAGUAUCAGCCUCUACCAGGCCAGUCAGGAGCAGCUGCUGGUGGACAAACAACUGGACAAGAACAUGUUCCUCAGGCUGCCAGAGAAACCGCUCAAACCUGGAGAAACACUGAAGAUCCUGCUCUACCUGAUGCCCAACUCCACUGUGGAACAAUUCACCCUCAAGGUCAAGGCGAAGAAAGGGGUGAACCUGCUGCAGACCAAGUCCAAGAACGCUCAGUGGAAAGUAGACUGGGAGGUGCAGUCUGGCGCCAAGCAUUCCAUCACCACCAUCAAUGUGAGCAAGAACAAGGCAGUGAAGCAGGGUGAUGUGCUGGGGAACGUGGAGGUGAUGCAGUUGGAUUUUGAGAUGGAGAACUUCACCAGCCUCUCGGUGACCAGGAGGAUCAACUGGAACAUCGACUACAAGGGACAGAACCCGGUGCCGGACUCGGAAAAGGUCGUGACGGAGCUCACGGUGGUGCAGCGGGACAUUCAGGCCAUCAUCCCUCUGGCCAUGGACACAGAGAUAAUCAACACAGCCAUUCUGACCGGACGCACCGUGGCCAUUCCCGUCAAAAUGGUCUCCAUAGAGAUGAACGGAGCCGUUGCCGACGUCUCAGCCUUUGUGCAGUGCAAGUCGUCUAAUGAAGACAUCGUAAAGGUCUCCAUGAAUUGCGACUACGUGUUCGUCAACGGCAAGGAGACGCGGGGCUCCAUGAACGCCCGAGUCAUCUUCAGCUACGAGCACCUGAGUGCGCCGCUGGAGCUCACCGUCUGGGUGCCCAAGCUCCCCCUGCAGGUGGAGCUCACCGACAACACUCUGAGCUUCAUCAAAGGCUGGAGGGUCCCCAUUCUGCCUGACAGAAGGAGCACUAGGGACAGCGAUGCAGAUGACGAUGACGACGACCGGCGAACGAAUCGCGGGUGUGCCCUCCAGUACCAGCGGGCCGUGGUCAAAGUGCUGACCCAGUUCCACACCACUUCCACGGAGGGAACGGAUCAAGUCAUCACCAUGCUGGGACCAGACUGGCAGGUGGACGUCACAGACCUCGUCCAGGACUCCCUGAAGGUGGUCGACCCAAAGAUCGCAGAGCUAGUGGACAGGACAAUUCUUGUGGGCCUGGAGCUGGGCUCCACUGUGCUGAAGGUGGAGUCUCCACUGGCAGUGGACGCGGUGCUGGGCGAGGCGCCGCUCUCCGUCACAGAUGACAAGGUUUCCAUCACGGAGCUGCGGGUUCACACCGUGUCCGGCCUGACCCUGUCCCUGCAGCCCAGCCCCGGCAACAGCCACACCAUGGUGGCCAAGGCGUCCGGUGUCCAGACGCUCACGGCCCUCAAACAGGAGGCCAGUUUGUCUGUCUGGAUGCUGUUCAGCGACAACACCGCCGCCCCUCUGACUUACUUUGAUCUCAAAGACUACAACCUCAAUGCCUCUACUCUGGACGACAAAGUUGUGUCAGUAUCCCAGGAGCCGCAGCAACGGUGGCCUGUGGUGGUAGCAGAAGGUGAGGGAUCAGGAGAAAUGGUGCGUGUAGAGAUGACAAUCUGCGAAGCCUGCCAGAAGACCAAACGCAAAAGCGUCAUUGCAUCUGCUGCAGUUUCUGUCAAGGUCCGCUUUGGCCCAGAGGAAGACUCGGAGGAAGAAACGACCACAGAGGGCGAGAUUGAGCUGGCAUCUGUCACCAGGCGGACAAUCAUUGAUCCCAACAUCAGUGGAAGAAUUUAUGAUACUUCUAAUGAGCAGCCUGCCAGUGUUCCCAUUGAUUACACUAAUUUCCCCACCAUUAGCAACCAAGAGCAGCCGACUGAGAGUGAUGGAGAGGAAGGGGACGAUUUUGUGCAUUCGCCACGCAACAUGACUGAUCUUGAGAUAGGCAUGUACGCUCUACUAGGUGUCUUCUGCUUGGCUAUAUUGGUGUUUCUAAUCAACUGCAUUGUUUUCGUGCUUAAAUACCGCCAUAAGCGCAUCCCACCUGAAGGCCAGGCCAACAUGGACCAUUCUCACCACUGGGUGUUCCUUGGAAAUGGCCAGCCGCUCAGGGCCCAAUGCGACCUGUCUCCACAGCAGGUGGAAAGUCCCAGCAACCCUUUGGAGGGUGUACAAACUUGCUGCCAUGGGGACCACCACAGUAGUGGCAGUUCCCAGACCAGCGUUCAUAGUCAGGUCCACGGAAGGGGUGAUGGCAGCUCUGGCGGUUCAACGAAGGAUAACGGCGAGGAGGCCAGUUCACCCACCUCCAAACGCAAGAGAGUCAAGUUUACCACCUUUACCACUCUCCCCACAGAGGAGCUGCCCUACAACUCCAUCCCCAUCGCAGACGAAGAGGACAUUCAGUGGGUUUGCCAGGAUAUGGGCUUUAAAGACCCAGAGGAACUCCAUGAUUACAUGCGCAGAAUAAAAGAAAUAGCCUAAGAUUGGAGGUGCAUUGUGAAAGCACUGCUCUCGACUUUCUAAAGAGACAGUUCCUUUCUAUUUUUCCCCUUUUUUCAAGCAAGUGAAAGAUGGUUUUUCACAAACUUUAAGGCCAACAAUUGUUGUUCUGGUUAGGGUUUGUUCCAUGUAGUUUGCACAGUGCUGUAAUCUCAUACACCCUCACACAGGAGAGAAUGCAAGAAGCCAAAGACUCGACCGGAGGAUCUCAAUCACAAGAGACGUCUCUAAAUCUUGGCUGUAGGAAACAUGUUUCACUUGGAAGCUGAGCCAUGAAGACAUACGAGAGCUGCUGCAGCUCCAGUUUUUCAGGAUUUGACUUUUACAAAACCCUGACAUGGACAGGAGUACAACAAGGGUUAAUGUGUUUCAGUGGCUCAGCAGGACUCUGCAGUACUGUACCUACUCCAAACAAAGAGGCCUUUGAUGAACAAGUAACUGUCAAAGACUCUAAUUAAAACCUGUUUUAAAAUAAUUUUGUUUUUGCCAAAGUAGAAAAAGCAUUAUUUUAUUGGCAAAACUUUGUUGUUGUCGGUGUAGCACAUUCAUGAUUUAUACUCAUCUUCAUUACGUAUAUUUUCUACAUUUCGUAGGUAGAUGAAAUCAGUGCCCUACUACAGUUCCUGGUGUUCCUGACAAAUCUGAUGCCUUAUAAAAACGGUCACAGUUCACUUAUAUCAGUGCAGACACUGUUUUCUCACUGUUAGGAGGCUUGAGACGGCUUAGUACAGCAUUAAAGUAAAACACUACAGCUGUUCUCCAGCCUGAAGAGAUGAGCGUUGCAUGAAAAGGUAACCUAAGGCACAAUCAGCCAACUUUUUCCAAAUUUGUACAUGUUUAUAAUGUAAUUAAACAAUUAUUCAUACACAUUAAUAAACUAAAUGUUACCAUGCUUUACACGCAUGUCAUGUUGGGCUUACAUACAUACAGACAUUCCUCUUUGUAUAUAAUUCUGUCAAACUGAAGUUGCUUAAAAUGUUCCAAGUUUCUUUCUCCAAGGAGGAGAAAUGGGAAUCUGGUUGAACUCUUGGGAUCUUUAGAAUCUUGUGGUCGGUCAAAGUUUCUCCACUGUAUUGCUGUGACAGAUGUAGAUUUUUAUUGCUCUGGAAUCUCAUUUGACUGUUGAUGUGGGAAUUUGCUAUGCAUAAGUUUUAACAGAUCAAUAUUUUUGAUGAUUUCUUUCCCUUUUCAAGCUUUGCAAGCCUAAACUUUGACAAUGUAGGAAACUGAGAAAUACACCAAUUGAGCUGUAUUUGAAUUGCUUAGUCAUUCACCCUUAAGUCAUACAUAUUGCAGCAACGUUCAACUUUCUCAUCCAUUAGAAUGCCAACGUUUCCACACGAACUUUGAUGCAAGUGUUUUUGUACCCCCAGGAAGCUACAGCUAACAUAAAAAAUAUAUCAGGGUUUUUCGACUUAAUAAUGUCCAAAUAUGCUUAUUGUCUCAAGUUCAAAGUGACUCAUGCUCAAAUUCUUUAAAGUUCAACUUGAGAUUUUAGUCAAAACCGCAGAACUUGCCGACCAGCCACUGGUUGGUCGGCAAGUUAGCAUUUUGAGGUUUUUAUAGCAAAUAACUGGGAAUAUCCUCCACAAUUUUGAAGUGCUGUGGCAGUGAAGUGGCGUCUGUCCCACCAUCCCCUGCUUGGUUCUCUAGUGAAAAUGUUAUUUUGACCGAGUGAACAUUUCAAACACAGCUCUGAAUGCAUUCUGACUGAGCACAGCCUCCUCUAAACUCCACAGAAAUGUGAAACACCCUUAAAGAAGGUCACUGAAUAUAUUAUUGAUUUUGUUUCAUCAUUUACAUCACAGCCAUUUCAUGCUGUCCCAUUCUUUUAGCCGCAUCACGUUAUAUCUGAAUUCCAUGUUUUAUUAAUAAGUUCCAAUAAACUUGGAAUAAAUAAACUAGAGCUUGCAAAGUUGCCCCAAACUAAAUAUGAGCAGGACCACAGUGUGUUGGCGAACAGCAGGACAAGGAGGAAGAAAGGAAAGUGUUGCUGCUGGCUGUGUGAAAUGUGUGGGUGUGUUCAUGAGGUUGUGUUCACUUUACAGACGAGCCAGAGCAGCUGAAAUCAAGCCAUCUAUUUUAGUUGUGUUAAUUGUUGCCUUUUAAAAUGUACCUGACACUGAACAUAAAUAUUAGUCAGAGAAUUAAAGAACUUUAGAAACUGAGAUUUCAAACAGAAUAUCACCGUCUAGACAGAUAGUUUUCAUUUCAGACAGCGUUUCUUUUUUCUAGAGAUGACUUUUGAAGGUUAACAUUUUUCCAGCUCUGAUCUCACAUGAAACAUAUUCUACGAGGGACUAAUGAGACAACCAUGAGAUCAAAAAUUACUUUCUAGGACGGUUUCCUCUAAUUCCCUACUCUGGAUUUUAAGGGCUUUGAUUUAUUUAUUUUUUUCCUUUUACCCAACUGAUUUUGGCUUAUUAAAGUCCCUUUUAUAGUCGGCAUCAUCUUACCUGCUUUUCAUCCCCCCAUGUUCUUAAAUUAGACACAAUCCAGAAAUAUUAUGCAAACACAUGUUUCACAGGAGAAACUGAAAUAGUUUAUUUCUCUCAGUCUGACAUUUACUGUUUGAUCGUGUGGUGGAACUGUUUGCUAACAAUGUAAAUAUUGGCACAAAACCAGCUUCAAUUUAGCUUAACAUUUACAACUAUCAGUAAAAUAUAGCUUUAGCUCGUCCACAUGUACAUAGACUCACAGUUGAUAUUCAUAAAUCCUGGCUUGAGUUGACUGUACUUGCUUUGCUGCAUGCCCUCUUUCUGUUCUGUGUGAGAGAAAUGAAUGAGUUGUAAAAAUGUUUAGAUUGCAAGGUGAAACAUUACUGUUGGGGUGUCUAAAGGUGCGUUUCGACUGUAGACUUUUUUUCUAGAAGCUGUGUUCUCUCGACAUUUUCUCAAAGGGAAAGUUUCAAGAGACGUUUAGCAACAGAAAACAGCCCUGGUGGUCAGGUAGGAUUUUUUAAGAUCCCACCGAACAUUCAUGGUGGGUUUACAGUCGUUGGUUUUUGUCUUGGUUCUCUCAGUCAUUUUUAUUACAGCUCAUUACUUCAUUUAACUCAGUGUGGAAUUAUUAGUGUUGUUUGUUGUCAUGCAGAAUAUAACGUUUCAUAGAUAUUACAUUUUUAAAAGGUCAGUUAAGUGGAAAAGAGCAAUUGUAAAAACACUUUAAAUUAAUCAUGGACUACUUUUCUGUUGUUGGAGGGAUUUUACUUUUGGCCUUUGCCUUUUCCUGUAUCAGCUGCCACUGUAGCAAGGCUGCUACUGCACUCUGUAGCGUUUCCAUUACAAAUGUGAACAAAACUUAGUCAAUAUUCUGCUAAUGUCGAAAAAAAAAACACCAUUUUGCAGUUGCAACACUUCCAUUAAAUAAGAAACGCGAUUGAAAUGACACAUAAAUACGUUUGUUCAUGUGGUGUCAUUAAAAAAAACAUACUGCCCUGUUUUCCUCCGACUAACUACUUCCUGUCGUUUUCUUCUUCAUGGUUUGCGCCGGAGGCAACAUCUGGUCGUUGAUCAUGUGACUCAUGUGAUGCAAAACAACGUGUUUCCACUGCAGUUUUGCAAAAUAAGCCUAAUUUUAUUUGGGGGGGAAAUCACCUUGUAGGGUUCAAACUUUUUAAUGGAAAUGUUUUUUUGGGGAGGGGAGGUUUCAAAAUUGACUUGUUUCCAUAAAUCAAAUUUAUUUUUGAAAUGUCAAAUUGUGCAAUUAUAUUGUCAAUAGAAAUGCAGCUAAUGAUGCCAAAGUUAAUUUGAACAGCUUUUUGGCAUGUUUGUUUUAGUGUAACUGCUGUUAAACAGUUAUAAGCUAAUUGUUUAACAGCAAUUGGUCUAGUUGAUGCUAUAAAUGACUUUGUAAUCUAAAAAUAAUUUAUUUUCUUCCUAGUUAUGUAUUUCCAUGACAUUUGGAGAAAUUUUACAUAAGUUUUAGAAUCCAGUUACUGUGAAAGAUUCAGAAGUUAAUGUGUUGAAAAUGUGAAAUUCUCCCUUUUCAUCUCAACAUCUAUAAAAUGGGCCAAUUUGCCAUUUCCAUAAAGUUUACAGUUAUUUACUGAAGCCAUAAAAGAGGGAAGAUUAAUGUUUUAUGUCAAUCGAAGCUUCAUUUUUGAUUACCAGUUACACUUUUCCAUAAAGUUUGAAAUGAUUGCACUUAUGCUUUAUAAUGUAGCUAUUAUGAAAAAAUAGGAUUAAUUUAACUGUUUUUGCUGCCACAGACAAAGAGGCAUUUGGUGUAAUUAAAUUAACCUUAAAACUGUUUUUCUGUAUCACUGGAAAAAAAGAAAGAAAAAAGUUUCCUAAAGUUUCCAUGUUUCCAUCUUUUUCAUACCUAUUACACAUUCCCAUGAAGUUUUACCUAUUUUUUGUACAAACAUUGUGAAAGAAUCCAGUUAAAUUUCAGCGCUGUAAAACUCCAGUUUCUAAUCCCAGAAAGAAUUUCUUUUUUCUUUUCCGACAUCUGCAUUUAGAAUUAAUUUUAAAAAGUCACACAUUUUCAUGAACUUUGGUUUUACUUAUAUUUUAGAGUGUAAAUGCUGUAGAAGACCAAAAGGUUAAUUACUGUAGAACUUUGCAGUCUCAAAUGAAUCUACCAUUUUCCCUGUCACACAUUUCUGUGGAGCUUUUGAAGAGCGUUUUCUUAUCUUUUAGGAUGUAGCCUCCAGGAAAUAAUCAGAGAUUAGGAUUUUAUUGCUGUGGAAAACUGAGGAAGAACCACUCUUGUCGGCCAUCUUAAUUUUCCCCUUCAUAAAAGAAGCAACUAGACGGGGCUGAAGUAAACCUGAAAGGUUAUAACAGAUGACUACAGUAAUUACAGUCGAAACGCAUCUAAAGUUUGCUUCCUGUUCAACCACAGCAUGAACUUCAUUCAUCAGUUUGUCAGUUCAAAUUGUUUCUGUUUUUUCUUUAAAUCUCAGGAUGAAUGUAGACUUCCCAAACAAACCUGGCAGUUCUGUGUUAAAUGUGACUAUGAGCCCAAACUGGUGACCGUUGAAACACAAAGUGGAAAAUAUCAAACAGCUUCUUAAUUCUGAAUUUCCCUGACUUGUUCAUGCAUUAAAUAUUCAACAGUUAGAUUUUUUUUCCCUCUUCAUGCAUUUUGUCUUUUUUUUUUUUUUUUUUGUAUCUUGCUCUUGUUUUUGUGUUUUCUUCAAGCUGCUAACAGAGACUCCUUACAGUAUGUAAAUGAGAAUUUUGAAUUGUAUUCCCCACCCGUCACAACCACACAGUGAACUGUGCACGACAUUCACGGCUCCAGUUUUCCUGGACCAAGUUACCACCACACUGACUAUAAUAUUGUAAUGUACAGAGCACUGUUAAAUUUCCUGUAUCCUGCUGAAAACAGACCCUUGUAUUUUCCUGUUAAAUGUAAAGUACUAAAGAGAAUCCAAUACACAAGUGAAA